CUUGUUUCAUAUUUACUUGCUUUGGAUUGCAUUAUGCAAAUAUCAUUCUUGUCCUCACAAUGACCAAUGACUUAAUGUCUAUUCAAGUUUCUCAAUUUUCUAUUUAUAUUCACCAGUUGGCUGGGCAGUUUACUUAUGGAGUGAUGGCCCUGCCUGUUGCUACCUUUAUGAUCUGGAAUCUAUUUGGUCCACGCAUUCUUUCUGCAGGCUUUUGUCAAGGAAAUACAGUUUGACUGGCUCUAUAGCUUGCCUGCAGUGUUCUGGUAUGGUGACUUAGGGCAUUGUACAUCUAAUAUUUUCCAUGUUCACAAGGAAGUUAUUAUAUUUCCUAUAACUAUCCUCAUUUUGAGUUUAUGGAAGAGGUAUCUGUUAGCUUAUUCAAUUAAAUCUUAGUUCUAUUUAAGCUGUAAGUCUGCUUUCUGGUAAUGUUUCCAUUACUCCUCUGUCAUUCAUUAAGCAUAUUUUUGUAUAGAAUUUGUUAAAAAGGGAUCUGUUCUUUAAGCAAAAUGUUGUCCAUUUGAGAACCAAGUAAGAAAUCUUCUUUAGUAGAAGUGAACAUUAUAUUCUUGUUAUCUUGUACAACUUGAAUUGCGUAGGUUGUAGAGUGCAAGAUAAUGUAGAAGUUGGUCCUUAAUCCUGUAAUUACUUGAAUGUGGUAGAAACUGAAUGGUUUUUCUUAGUUUUACUGUAUACCUAUAUAAAGUUCAAUCAAGAGCAUUGUUGAUU